CUUAGAUUUCGGCUGUAGGCGUUGGACUGAUGAAGCGAGAGGCGUCAGCCAUGGACUGGACGUCCAUGAAUGGCGCAGACGCCAAACCACCCGUCCUUGAUCGUGUGGCGCCUUAUACUAUACAGGCGCAAGUGAAUGGGAAUGAUGCUGUGGGAGAACGACAUCAACAAGGGCAACAAGGAGAGGGUGGUGGUGCAGCUAAUGGUGAAGUCGAUGAUGAGCUACAAGCAGCACCCGGUAUUGAAGUGCGAGGAGAAAUUCGCGUUUUGGCGCAGACGGUGGUUAUUUCCGAUAUAUCAUUCACUGGAGAGUCAUUUAGUGUCCAUACAGAAAUUACAGCAUUACCUUUAUCAUCAGACCUAAGGACAAUACAUUUGCAUUUGGGAACAUGCGCUUACCUCCCAAGUGAGGCAGGCCACAACGGAAGGAUAACGAUCAAUGGCGUUGAGUGCUUAUACUCUAGACUUCCUGAACCUACGCUUUCUGGACAUGCCGCCAAUCCGUCUAUCAUGGAAGCCCUAUCGCGCUAUCAUGAGUCAGUCAAGGAGAAAGAUGCGUUCCUGGAAAUUGCUAUACCUGACCCACUUAGACUGACCAUUCAGUUGCUGAAAUGCAUCACGAUCGCUGUCGACAUUGUUGUGAGGAAGCCAACGCAGGGUAUCCAGUUCGUGUACAACCUGGCGGCGGAUGGAACGGUGGAUAAAGGACCGCAUGUCUUCACAUAUAGAAGCUCUCUUCUAACAAGCACACGUGAAUGGCUUCCUUGUGUGGACGCUCCAGAUCAGCUCGCCUUAUGGCGCAUUCACAUCACCUGUGAGAGUUGGCUUACUGCGGUAGCAAGUGGAGAUCUAGUGGGUUUUGAUACCAAUGCUGAUAAGCGCUUGAGAAUAUGGAAUUAUCAACAACUGGUACCAACUGCUGCUUGCAACAUCGGUUUUGCCAUCGGACAGUUCUCCACAUAUGCGCUACCGGAUAUGGCUGAGGUUACCAGCUUUGCGCCCAUUGGGCUUCUAUCGUUGGUGAAGCAUACUGUAGCUCCACUAGAUAAAAUACUUGAGUAUUUUGAAGAGCUUUUAUCUUGCCGGUUUCCAUAUCCAACGUACAAGCAAGUUUUUGUUGAUAUGAUACCUGAUGAGGUAACCAGUUAUAGCAGUCUAACUUUGUUUCCGAUAAGUACACUUCAUCACAAGAAGAUUAUUGAUGCUGUGCAGGAAUGCAGGCAGUCAUUGGCUCUUGGUGCUGCUCAGCAGUUCUUUGGUUGCUUUAUAUCGCCAGCGCACUUCCUAGACUGGUGGCUUGUGAAGUCCUUGUCAAGGUUUAUCACAUCUCUGUAUAUCGAAAAGAUGUUUGGUACUAGUGAGUAUCUAUUCCAAAUUAAAAAGCUGCUGAAUGCUGUUUGUGAUUAUGAAUCGCAAUGGGGAAAGGUUAUUUUGCGACCAUCUAUAGAAGCUUCUCCUCGUUUGAACCUGCAUUGUGAACCUCGCUGUGAGCAUACAUGCUCUCCGCUUUAUGCUGAAACUAUGACGAAGAAGGGACAUCUGGCAAUGCGAAUGCUUAGCAAAAGAUUGGGACACGAACCAUUUUUCCAGGUUUUGCACAAAAUUCUCUCCGUCGGCCAGCAAAUGGCUGAGCGACGUGAUCGACCUGCUACAUGGACGCAUCUCGUUGUAUCUACUGAGACGUUUUUCCGGACUGUCACAAAUGUGACUGGGCAGGAGAUUCCAACAUUUGUGGAACAGUGGAUUCAUAAUGGGGGUCAUGCCUCCUUCCGAGUACAAUACGUCUUCAACCGUAAGCGUAAUAUGAUAGAGUUGGAGGUCAGGCAGAAAGUAGAGCCUGCAAAUGGACGAUUGAGAUAUGUUGGUCCGCUCACGGUCUUGGUCCAAGAACUCGAUGGUUCCUUUUCCCAUACAGUGCAAAUAGAUGGCGAUAUCUCAAGGGCAGACCUCCAAUGCCAUUCAAAAGGACGACGACAAAAGAAGAAACGAGUUCCUCUAUACUCUGGAGACGAUGUGGAGGUUGAUCUAAGCAACAUGGACCCAGAUUCACCUGUUCUCUGGAUAAGGCUUGACCCUGAACUACAUCUGAUACGCAACAUGAUGAUCAAUCAGCCGGAUUACCAAUGGGAGUACAUGUUACGUUAUGAAAGAGAUGUUCUGGCUCAACUCCAGGCUUUGGAUCGGCUACAAUUAUGUCCUAAUCCACAAAGCCGAGAUGUGCUGCUCGAAACUAUAACCAACGACAAUUUCUUCUACAGGGUACGAAUUCAUGCUGCCUAUGCUCUAACGGAAGUUCUGAAUAAGAUGCCCGAAACUUGGUCUGGUGUUCCUGCGCUUUUGAGUCUGUACAGAAAGAUUUAUGGAGCAAAAUCGUGCCCCAUGCUGCCGCGAUCCAACAAUUUCGUCGUUACCUCGCAGAAUUUGCAGCAGUAUUUUCUGCAGCAGGCUCUCCCUCAAGCAUUGGCCAGAAUGCGAACGAAUGGCAUGGCUUUGCAGGAAGUGCAGUGCUUCAUUGUGGAUUAUAUACGUUACAAUGACAAUUCGAUGAAUAGGUAUGCAGACGAUCAUUACCGAGCAUCUUUGUUGAAUGCGUUGGCAGCUUGUGUAGCACCCGUGAGCACACUGGGAGGAGGAAAUUACAUACCAGAUGCUCUUAGCUGGGAAAUGAGCGAAGUAGUUGAGGAGACAACGCAUGCUCUCAACAUGGAUACCAUCAAACCAACUUUCCGUCAUGUUGUAGGCGUUGCAGCACUCUCUGUGAUUCAUAAUCUCCAACGCAAUGGUCACAUCCCAUCGGAUUCAAAAAUCUUCUGGGUAUUUGCAGCUCCGAAGCUAUGCGUGAACAUGCGCAAAGCAGCGCUUCACAUCAUCGUCGAGAGGCUUUCUAUCUCGCGAAAAAAGCAGUCCACCAACGAUUUGAUGCGAUUGCUAUCCAUGCUGGCUCAGGAUUCGGAUCCUGCGAUCCGGCUGCACAUCGCAACUUUGUUGGCACAAAUGCCACCGUUCAGCGCUCAUGAAUGUACGGAUACUGGUCCUACAAAUCCAUGCAAUACUGUGCAGAUUGCUGAUGAGCUAUGGGCACUUAUGAGCAAGACCUCGCUGGAAACCCGUGUGCGCAUGCUUUUGAUGGACCUGUAUUUCUCUCUCUACGGAAUGGCCACACCGUUUGUGAAAGGCGGACCAGCAAUGAUAUCUGGGCAUCAGCGAUCCAAAAGACGUCAACCUGACAACAGAUCGAAUGUGUCAGGAUGGCAUAAUGAGAUUCUUGAUGGUGACCAGCCGCCUUCGCCGGAAUCACGGUCCUUCAGCGAGGAUAUUGACAUGCUGCAAUGAGAUUGCGGUUGCUGUUGAUAGUUUAGUUUUUUGGAUGAUCUCUUUUCUCGGUGAGCUUCUUUUUUCGGAUUCUAUUCGACAUUCUGUCAAAUUUGUUGUUGUUUUUUUCUAGUAAAUUUAUUGUUGUGUGCAUUCUUCUUCCUUCUGUUGAGGUACUGUUGAUUGUAAAUAUUCUGAUAAAGAUCG